AUGAGCAUCAAGUUCGCCUCCCUCCAGGACAUUAUUUCUCUGAUUCCCGUAAACCAAGAAAACGAUUACCGUACGGUGGUGAAACUAUUGGUUAUUGAUAUAGAAUCAUUCCAUCAUGAUGUCUCACAAUACCAACAGUCUUUAUUUGGUCAUUCAUCCAAAGAUGAUAUGAGUCUCCAAACCUUGGUACAGUUGAAUUCGGUGGAUGUGAUCAUCAUUCAAAGUGUCGAGAAAUUAAUGGGAUACUUAACGCUAAUGGAAAUGGGUAAGAUUCCUCUUAAAGUUGAUGAAAAUUUAAGAGUUGAGAAAGAAGAGCAUUUUUUUGAUGAUCUCAACCCAGAUGAUGAUAUGAUUUUUAAAAAAGUUUCCGUUAAAAUCAUUAUAUGGAAUUUAUUCAACAACAUUUGUGAUUUCGCUUCUAAACUCUACUCUUUGGAGGGCCCCGUUGAGCUAUCUUCAUUUUCAUGUAUUCACCCAAGCAGAUUCGGGGUAAAAAUUAUCAAUGAAUUAAUCAUGAGGAUUUUGCUGGUGAAUGAGCUAUUGAAAACAGAAGUCACUAGAGAAUUUGGACUUGAAAUCAGUGAAGAAAUCCAAAUAUUUGAAGAUCCAAAUAUCGCACACCAAUGGAAGCUUAUUCCUGUACCGCUUUUCAAUGUUGAAGAAAACCAUAAUACGGAAAUGAUGGACAAUACAGGGAAUACCAGAGUUGGGAAAGGAUAUAAGUCAGUAUCGAAUUUAUACCAGCAUUUGAUAAGCAGCGCUCGAGGUGAAAGAGAUAUGAAUAAGGCUCAACCAGCUGUUGUCUCGCAAGGUCUGAAAGAUUCCUGUUUCUUUGAUAUAAGGCAGGAGGCCGACACCUGGUUUUACAAAGAGAACUUGAAAAAAGGGAUGAACACAAAAUAUAUUUAUCUUGACUCCUUGAUAAAUAAAUGGCUAAGCUAUUAA